AUGGCGGGGUUUGCGGUGUGCUAUUCGCUGGGCAACGUGAUAUCUUUGUUCGGGAUGGGGUUCCUGAUUGGGUUUAAGCGGCAGCUGAAGAUGGCGACGCAGCCGGUGCGGCUGACGGCGUUCAUCGUGUAUAUUGUGCUGCUGGUGCUGACGUUUGUGGUAGCGUUUGCGUGGGGCAUCCCGGUGCUGUGUCUGGUGAUGGCGAUUUGCCAGUUCUGCGCGCUGGCGUGGUACUCGGCGAGCUAUGUGCCGUUCGGGCGCAAGAUGAUCAAGGGCGCGUGCAGCUCGUGCGCCAAGGCGAUUUGA